AUGUCAACACUUCCUCGGUUCGGUAUUGCCUUUUUGCUAAUCGCUACUUCUUUCGCCAUGGCUGAUACAGCCGAAGAUACGGAAGAAGCCGCUGAGGCCCCAGCACCGAAGAAGAGCCCCAUUAAAGUCGGCGGAGCAAUGCGCGUAAACUACGCCUACGGUGCUUAUGGUGAUGAGGACAACCCACAUCCCCGAGGCGAAAAAAUCGGUGAUGUUGACCUUGAGAUAUUCCGCCUCAAUGCCGAUCUUGACUAUAACAACAUCAUCGGUCGGCUUGAAUACCGGUGGUAUGAUGGCUACAGCAUGAUACACACUGCAUGGUUAGGGUAUAAGCUGGUGAUUCUGGCACAGUUAAAGCAGGUAUUGUGCGGGCACCUUUCGGUCCCGACCGCCUACGGGGUUUCCACGAGCUGGUUUUUUGACCAGCAUUUUUAUGUUGGACUCUCAGAUGAUCCCGAUUUAGGGAUUACAUGGAGUGAUACCUUUGAUAAGCUGACGCUUGAUGUAGGCUACUACCUUAUGAGUGAACCUCAGCUGGUAAAGUAUGGCAGUCUGGCGAGUACGCGAUACGCCUAUGACGUUGUCAAAUGGGAAGAAAAAGCCGAUGCAAAGGGAAACGUCGAAUGGGGUGCUGGUGAAAACGGAUUUGAUGAGCAACACCAAUUGAAUCUCCGAGCAAUCUAUGCGCUUGAGAAUAUCGCAGAUGUGGGGUGUGUCGCUGCAAUACGGAUUGCUGAAGGGGACAAAUGUGGGGGACGAUGA